AAAAGCAAAAAGCAUGUAAGGAGCUGUAAGCACAGGAAUUUCAAAGCCUAGAAAGAAAAGUUUAUAAAAACAAUAAGAAUUUUAUAAAAAGCUGAACCCUUCCAUUGAGAGUUCGAUCGAUUCCAAAAACCAAAUAAUCCCAAAAAAAACAAAAGCUAUGAUCAAAGGAAGAGAUGGAAACAGAGGAUCUUCUUCCUCUUCUUCUGGUUACUCUACAGAUUUGCUGGUUUGUUUCCCUCCAAGAACCCACUUAGCUCUUACUCCUAAGCCCAUUUCUAGCCCAACUCGUCCCUCCGACUCCACCCACCGUCGUCCCCACCACCGUCGUCAGGUCAGUAAACUCUCCGGCGGCGGUGGAGGAGGACAAGGAAGUCCUGUUUUAUGGGCUAAACAAGCAAGUAGUAAGAAUAUAGACGAACCCGAUUCGCCUAAAGUCACCUGCGCCGGUCAGAUCAAAGUCCGGCCGAGCAAACACGGCGGGAAAGGAAAGAACUGGAGAUCGGUGAUGGAGGAGAUCGAGAGGAUACAUAGCAGUAAAAAACAGAGCAAGUUUUUUGGAGUGAAGAAAGAUGUGAUGGGUUUCUUGACUUGUCUGAGGAAUAUCAGAUUCGAUUUCAGGUGUUUUGGUGAUUUCAGACAUGCUGAUGUCACUAGCGACGAAGAUGAGGAUGGAGAAGAAGAAGAAGAAGAGGAGGAGGAGGAGGAGGAUGAUCCGAAGACUGCUUUCUCCAAAUGGUUUAUGGUAUUACAAGAGGAACAGAGUAACAGCAAAGACAACAACAAGUGCGUUCUUGAAAACUCAGACGUUGAACCGGCGGUUCCACCGCCAAACGCGCUUUUGCUAAUGAGGUGUAGAUCAGCUCCAGCGAAGAGUUGGUUAGAAGAGAAACUACAAGCGAAAACAGAGCAAGAAAACAGAGAGAAACAUCAAGAAGAGGAAACAGAGCAAGAAAACAGAGAGAAGCAACAAGAAGAGGAAACAGAGCAAGAAAACAGAGAGAAGCACCAAGAAGAGGAAACAGAGGAUCACGAGAUGAGUAUGAAGAAAGAUAAGAAGGAUUUGAGAUCACCAGUGGAGGAAGAGAAGAUGGACUUAGUGUUGAUGAGAUACGAUACUGAUUAUUACAGACUCUCUUCAGACAUUGCUAAGGAAACUUGGGUUGUCGGAGGAACUCAAGAGCCUCUGUCUCGGAGUCGAAGCUGGAAAAGCUAA